AGAUGGAGGUGCAUAACACCAGAGUCCCUCAUGCUCGAUGCGCAAUGAAGAGAUUUGCCAAUAUCUAAUCAUUUCGGAGGACUUGACAAAGGACAAUGUUGAAAUUCGCCGUGCAUGUUUGGAUUUUAUGGCGGCUUUUUGAAGGGAUUGUCUCGGACAGUGGUUGUGAACAGAAGCCGUGCAAUGUUGCACUUCGGGGCUGCGAUGACAACCAGUGUCAAAGUGGUGGAUUGUGCUCCCCGGCUCUUGUCAAAGGAGAACACACUUACACAUGCAUAUGCUUUCCUGGCUUUGUGGGGUCCAAAUGCCAGACCUCCACUGUGUUUUCCUUUGAGAGCCAAGGUUACAUGUAUAUAGAGACUCAAUUUGUAGACCCGGUAUCCCCUCUAAACGUCACACUCAGCUUUCGGACGGAAAGACCUGUCGGUACCCUUCUGCAGCGCAGGGUGGCCGACCUGCUCCUCAGCGUUGAGCUACUGGAUGGACAUCUUAGCCUCCGCAGCCUCAGAGAUCAAGGAUCCAGCACCCUGGUUCAGGAGUUGCCGGCGUAUAUUUCCAACAACGAAUGGCACACGGUGGAGGCGGCACUUGGCGGCGUGGUCAGCUUUAUCAGGCUCCUCUGUACAGAGGGAAACUGCACCAGGGACACCAGCGCUGAGGUCCAAGUUCUGGAGCCCGCAUCUGCUCUCCCCCUGCCCGGGACGGUCCGUCAAAGCCUCUUCAUCGGAGCACACAGACCGGAACCCUCACACGCCUUUGCGGGCUGCUUCAGAGAUGUGUUUGUGGAGUCCCACCUGGUGGUGCCGGUUGCAUCGCCGAUAGGUUCUGACAGCCAGGUGAAUGUCACCGCGGGGUGCAAUGAUCGGGACAAAUGCGACGACAGCCCCUGCCAGAACCGGGGGCGCUGUGUGAGCCAGGGAUGGAGGAGUUACGAGUGCGAGUGCCGUAGACCUUAUGAGGGCUACAACUGUGCAGAGGAAUAUGUGACCGCGAGGUUCGGGAGCAAAGACCUGGACAGCUAUGCCAUCUUUUCCUUAGAAGAUGAUCCAGGUGACACUUUGACCGUAUCCAUGUUUAUUCGGACCAGGCAAGCCAGCGGUCUACUCCUGGUCUUGGCCAACAGCACCGGUCAGUACCUCCGCCUGUGGCUGGAGCAGGGCAGGGUCAAAGUUCAAGUCAACAACUUUGAGACUCUGGUCGGCCAAAGCGUGGUCAGCGACGCCCAUUUUCAUCUGGUGACCGUGAAGCUGGAUGGACUGGAGGCAACGUUGAUCCAGUCUGCCCAGAGCCAAGGGACCGUACCCAUAAGGCCCAUUUGGUCCGGUCACGGGGAUCAGGUCUUCGUGGGUGGACUAGCAGACUCCAGGGCCUCUGCGACUUUUGGAGGAUAUUUCAAGGGCUGCGUUCAAGAUCUUAGGAUUAACAGCAAACGCUUGCAGUUUUACUCCAUAAAGACAACAGUAGAAUCUCACAAAUUGGAGCAGCUGAUUAGUGUUGCACGAGGAUGCAACUCUGACAACGCCUGUGCAGUGAAGCCCUGUCUCAAUGGAGGCGUGUGCUACGCCGUGUGGGAUGACUUCAUCUGUAACUGCCCCCCCAACACUGAGGGGCAGCGCUGCGAGGCGGUGAAAUGGUGCGAGCUGUCUCCUUGUCCUGACACUGCUGUGUGCCAGCAGCGCUCGCGGGGCUUUGAGUGUUUGUCCAAUGUAACAAUCCGGGCAGAAAGUGGAAUAUUGCAUUACCGGAUCAGUGGGAGGGUCAACCGCACCGUCGGUCUCGCCGGCGUCUCCCUCGGCUUCCGCACGAGACGGUCCAGAGGCACCAUACUGCACGCACAAAGAGGCCCCGCCUUCCUCACGCUCUCUCUGCACGAGUCGCGCGUGGUCGUGGAGCACCAGGACCAAGGCGCGCCUGCGUGGGCGAUGCGGGGCGCGGGCGCGGUCAGUGAUGGAGAGUGGCACUCUGUGAAGCUCAGCAAGGACCAUCAAAGCUCCGAGUGGAUCAUGGCUGUGGAUGGAAGUCGGGAGGAAAUAUUAAGUGCUGGGGACUUGAGUUUUCUCCGGGAGGCGGAUAUCUUCCUGGGGGUGCACGGCCCGGACUCCCCGGUGAGUUUCUCCGGGUGUUUAGGCCCCGUCGAAAUCGGAGGCCUUCUCCUUCCUUUCCACUCAGACGCAGAGUUGAAGCUGCGGAGGCCUCAGGAGGAACGGUUCGCGCAGUUGAACGUCGACGCCGCCCCGCGUUACGGCUGCCGGGGGGCCGGCGUGUGCGCGCCGAACCCGUGUGACCACCAGGGGGCGUGUGAGGACCUGUUCGACCUGCAUCGCUGCGAAUGUCCUUCCGCGUGGACCGGGCCACUGUGUCAGGAAGCCAGCGACACCUGCGUCUCCAACCCCUGUGUUUUUGGAAAGUGCAGCAACAUUCCCGGAGGGUACAAGUGCGAGUGCGAGCGUGGGUACGCGGGGGCGACGUGUGAAGUGGAAGUGGAUUUAUGCCAGAACAGCAAUUGUAGCGAGGGUGCUACGUGUCUUAAAGGCUUCCAGGACUACUCGUGCCUCUGCCCCCAGAACCUGACAGGCCAAUAUUGCAAUGUGAAACUUCCAGAGAUGCCGUGGUACAUCCAAAUGAACCCUCUUCCUCUGCUGCCCGUAUCAAAAUGUGUCGGCACAAGAUGGAACUUCAGCUGCUUCAAUGGAGGGAACUGUUCGGAACCGGACAAUAAAUGCCUCUGCUUGCCUGGUUUCACAGGACAAUGGUGUGAGAAGGACGUGGACGAAUGUGCCUCUGACCCGUGUAUGAACGGAGGCUUCUGCAUUAACUACGUCAACCACUUUGAGUGCGUGUGUGACAUGAAUUACUCGGGUACACACUGCCAAAUAGACGUCAGUGACUUUUACCUCUACGUCUUUUUGGGCCUGUGGCAGAACCUGUUCCAACUGGUGUCCUACUUCGUCAUACGCCUCGAUGACGAGCCAGAAAUCGAGUGGGUGUUUCACGUUAAUGAGUAGCUCCCGAGCUUGUUUGUGCACCAACGCAAAGACUGCAAACACACGCCGCUUCCAACACUGCUAUUCAUGAGAUUGUUUCAUUUUCUUCAAUAUCCUUAGAUAUUGGUUAAUGUGGACCCCGACUUAAACAAGUUGAAAAACUUAUUCGGGUGUUCAGAGGUGGGUAGAGUAGCCAUAAAUUGUACUCAAGUAAGAGUACUGUUGCUUUAGAGAUUUAUUACUCAAGUAAAAGUAAAGAGUAGUCAGCCAAAUAUUUACUUGAGUAAAAGUAAAAAAGUAUGUUGCGAAAAAACUACUCAAGUACUGAGUAACUGAUGAGUAACCUGUUCGUUUAAUGAUGACGGCAACAAAUGCACAAAAACAUAAAAAUAGCAAUGAGCAAAUUCAGAGCCAGGAAUAUCUCUUAAGCAGCUAAAACAAUAAUAUAUAUUAAAUAAUAAUACAUUAACAUAAAAAACAUUAAGGCAAAUUGAGCCACAAUAACUUAACAGCACCAUAGGCUCAGUAGGCAGAGAUUACAAAGGAAAAUAACAAUUUAGCCUUUACGCAAACCAUAAACUGAUAGGUGUGGGCUGCACCUGGGAACACACUGUGCACUUCUGAUU